GUGGCUGCGAGUGGAGGUGUAACCCAGGCUUCCGCUCGCGGGCUCGGCUCCGCGGCUGCGUCCGUGUGUGCUCUUUGCGAUCCAGGUUCCUGUUUGCUUCUGGUUUUAAGAUUCAGGCGUUUGGGUUUUGUUUGUUUCGUGUUUGUCUAACGCCAGUCCGGAUUUCAUAGGGGAGAACUGAUUUUUCUGGUUCUUUUUACCUGAGGUUGCUUGAACGAUAGAGUCAGUCCUUGAUGUUUGUAGCCUUUUGCUUCAGCUGGCAGAGAAGAGAAAAGGUGGAUACUGACCUGCAGCAGUUCUUCCUGUGAAAGGAAGAAAUAUCGGACACUGUUCUGGGAUAACUUGCGCGUGCUUUGUCCAGAAAAGGCCUCUCAAACAAGCAGUGGGCAUCUGGGAAGAGAACUGAGGAAAUCGUGAGGUUUUUUCUUCUAGCAGUGUUGAGCACAUCACCCUCGGAUUCUUUUGUCCGCAUGGCAUGGAUACAUAGCUAAAUUUAUGAAGUUCUGAAUACUUCAGCUGCAAAAAUAAAGUGCUUUCCUCUUUCUACGUACUCUUUUUCUUCUCGGCAACAUUCAGAGUCAAAGGCUUAACCAGUUUUGUUAACUGGCUGCAGGUUAAAUGUGGCCUGAGUCACUGUGGGGACAUUGCUGAAAAGUUUCAUGGCAGAUUUUUUUUCCCCCCUUAUUUCAUUUUUUAGAUUUUCUGACAUAGUCUUCUUUCAUUUUGCAGUGAGACCGAUUUUAUAAAUGAAGAAUUUAAUAGGUGCUUGUUUAUACUUUUUUCUUUUGUAUUUUAUUUAAUAUUUUUCUUGAAAAAUGUUGUUGCUCACAAGCAGUAUGGAGGUAUCCUGAUAACUGUUUACAAAUGCCUCUGCUACCGGAAGGUAGGAAAUGUUCUUCAGUUCAUAUGUGAAAUUUGGGUUUUUGACAUCACAGUCUGUGGAGUAAAAACUGUAUUUCACUUGGAGCUGAUGCUGCAUAUAAUGGUAUCUACAUGCAAUAGACAAGAGAAGAAGCUGUCAGAGAAAAGAAAAGGCCUUUAAGACAGACCUUGGCAGAGUUUGUAAAUAGCCUUGCAGAAUCUGUAAACGAGAAGGAUGGGUAGCUGAUUUCUGUGAGGUCAAAUCUAUGUCAAACUGCCACGAAUAUAGUAUCAACAGGAACUCGGGAUAUUAUCUCAAGGAAAACAAACUGGAAAAAUAUAAAUCACGCAGUACUAGCGCCUUGUGCCUUGUGUGGUCCUCUUGGAUUAGGUUUGCAUUCAACAGAGCUGCUACUGCCUGAAAGAAAAUCAAGAUGGACACUUAAUUCAAAAAACGUUUUUAGCUGAGAACAUGAGGAAGACUUGAAUCUGCUUCUAGAAAAAUUUUUGCAUGAAGAAAUAGGUAGCCAGUGUCGGUAAGCUGUGGGAAAAGGUCUUUUUGCAAAAUACCUUUUCCAGUCCUUGGUUACUUGGUGAUCACGCAGUCUUUUGUGCAAAGGAUAAAAGGGACUUGCCAUGAGGUGCUAAGCCUUUUUUCAUUGAUUCGGAGAGACUGGACCUAAAUGGCGCAGCAUGACUUUGCUCCAGCCUGGCUUAAUUUUCCUACUCCACCAUCAUCAACAAAGUCAUCACUGAAUUUUGAGAAACAUUCUGAAAAUUUUUCAUGGGCAGAGAAUCGUUAUGAAGCAAAUCGCAGAAGACACAAUUCUUCGGAAGGGUUUGAUCCUAACACUGGAAGGACAAAUGGAGGGCAUUUUGGGCGAAAAGAGAGGAAUGGCUGGCGUUCACAAGGCAGAAAUGCUCCAGAAAAUAUAAACCAACGUGGAGGUUACCAUGGUGGAGGUUCCCGUACUCGUAGCAGCACCUUCCAUUGUGGAAAAGGCCAGGGACUGUGUGAAAAGAGUGUAUUUGGUAAUGAAACCCGGAAAAAGGAAGAAAAAGAUGUACCCAACCAGUUUGAGGCUGAGGACUUCCCAUCUUUAAAUCCUGACUAUGAGAGGGAACCAAACCAGAAUAAAUCUCUAGCUGCAGGUGUGUGGGAGUACCCUUUAAAUCCCAAAUCUAAAUCUCAGAGAAUGCUGGUCAUUAAAAAAGGCAAUACAAAAGAACUGCGGAUAUCUGGAUUUCCAGUAGUGGGAACUCUUCACUCGCAGACAGUAAGGAAUGGAACUGGCACAAGUGUUUAUAAAGGAUUAGUCCCCAAACCUGUAACUCCACCUGCAAAGCCCACACAGUGGAAAAGCCAAGCAAAAGAAAAUAAACUUGGGAAUGUGUUUCCUCAUGAAUCUGCAUAUGGUCCUUUCAAAUCAACUGUCAAGGCAUUUGCUGUAACACAAAAUUCAGUGAAAGAGUGUAAUCGGUCAAAUUCUUCAUCCCCUGUUGACAAAUCUGGUCAGCUUCGUUUAACAAAAUUGACAAGAAUGCGGACUGAUAAGAAGAGUGAAUUUUUGAAAGCAUUGAAAAGAGAUAGAGUGAAAGAGGAACAUGAAGAUGAGAAUCAUGAUGGACAAGAGAAGGAUGAUGAGUCCUUCAGCUUGCAUAACAACAACAGUUCUCAUCGUGAGAGAGAUAUAAACCGAAACUUUGAAAAUGAGAUUCUGCAGGAGAAUGGCAAUGCUUCAAUUACACCUCAGCAGAUCAUUCAGUCUUCAGCUUUCCCUCAGGCAAAUGUUCUUUCAAGCUCACUUGAGGCAGAGCAUAGGUUGUUAAAGGAGAUGGGCUGGCAGGAAGACAGUGAAAAUGAUGAAACAUGUGCUCCACUAACUGAGGAUGAGAUGAGGGAGUUUCGAGUCAUUAGUGAACAGUUACAAAAAAAUGGCCUUCGGAAAAAUGGCAUUUUGAAAAAUGGCCUCAUCUGUAAUUUUAAAUUUAGCCCCUGGAAAAACAGCGCUUUCAAACCUGCUCUGGAGAAUGAGGAUUCUGAGACAAGCAGCAGUGAUACAUCAGAUGAUGAUGAUGUGUGAAGACUUCUGUAACACCUCUAGAAGUCCAUUUGUUCUCGUGAAGAUUGGGGAUGUUUUGUCCAAAAACAAAAGUUGUCAUUUAUGUAGUAACAUGCCCACUACAGAAAGAAUAAUGGGACUUUCCUCUGAAGGAAGAAGGAAUUUUCUGUUGGGUGUGUUGAAAAUCAUUAUAAGUUCUCUGUAAACGAAUGUCAUAGAAUGAGGCCUUGUGUUGACCCAGUGUUGACUUCCAUCACUGAAGCAUUUCUGACUAGCAAUGUGACAAUGUUACAAAUCAGACUUUCUCACUUAAUAAUAAAAGCAAAGAAUUGUGAAAUAUCUUGCAAAGCUUCUGUCUUAAAAUGUCUAAGGAAGAAAAGGGCAGCUUGACAGGGUGUUUUGCUUGCCAAGUCAUUUUUUUCUUACAGUGGAAAUCAUUGAGUCCACUUUGUAUGUAAAAUGGGCAAUGUAGCAUGUUGGCUAAAAUGAGCAAAGUGCACUAAAACUCUUUCUUAACUGAGUUGUUGAACUGUUCUACAAAUAACUGCUCUUUAGCCAUUGGUUGCAUUGUCGUUGUUAUUAAUGGCAAAAGACCCUGAUGUUACAGUUCCAAAUUUCUAGAAUUAACUUUCAAAUUGAAGGCUUUAAGGGGUAUAGCAAGACCCUUAUUCUCACAGUGAGGGAGAAUAAGGGGAAAUAAGCAGUUUGAUUUUGCUAUUCAACAUGUGGAAAAAUCAUUACAGUGACUGGAUUUGUCAACUACAUGGGAAAUAAAUGAUUUACAGAGUAUUGCCUCACUGCACAGCAUCACGGGUAUUGUUUUUAAAACAGCUAAGUUUGUUUGCAUUUAUAUUACAUGUAGUCUGGCAGCAGUGCAGUUGUGCAUUUCAGUGCAAGGUAAAAAUAUCUGGUAAUUUCAUCACUAGAUCUUGCUUUUACGGCAGCAGAAGUAUAUGUGUGCAGUAGCCACCUCUUUUGCUUACUCAGUGUAAGACUUUUUCUUUGUCAUCUCACAUUUAAAACCCAAUAUUGUAUUAUUUAUAGUUUUAGUUGGUUUAUUUUAGUUCUUUAAAUGUUGUCCACACUUGUACAAGCUGUGUAGCAUUAAUUCAUAAGCACAACUGCUCUUGGGGAUGUUGCAUAAGUUUAUAAUAUAGCACAUAUAUAUAUGUAUGUAUAUAUAUAUAUAUAUAUAUAUAUAUAUAUAGACACUUCCCUGUCAAGAUGUUUUUGAAUUCUACUACUUCGUAUAGUAAAUUAUUUGCAGUUUAGAACUUGAAAGCAAAAAUAUUUAUAAAGUUGAGAUUCUGUCCAUAUUUCUUUAGGAAAAUACUUUUUUUAUAAGGUGGCAUCAAUUUUGGGCCAAAUUUGGUAUGUUUCUCUUUUUUAUUUAUUGUUAAUUUAAAUAGAUUUUUUUUUCAAGAGGUCAGUUUUUGUAUUAGAAGCAGCUUGCAAAUGUUGAUGUAGUUAAUUUUGGCCUGGUGUAUUUAAAUACUCAGUUUCUAAUCUAAAUUUAAGAGGAUAAAAAUGUUUCUUUUUAAAAAAGAAAACUGCCAUAUCUGUAAUGAUGUUUUUCCUACCUGCAUGCCUUAUACACCUUUUUCCUUUUCCUCUCCUGAAUUUUUUUUACUGACUUUGACACAUGGUUGUAGUUUGUUCACUUUUUGGUUUUCACAUACUAUAAACAGGAUCUUCUGCCUAGCUUAAUUAUAUAGUGAUAUGUGGAUGCACUGUUUUAAUAGGAAGUGAAAAUGUUUUUCCUUGGCAUUUCUCAAA